AUACUGCAAAUGCUGUCGGGCUAAACUUGUCGCCAGAGGUGGUAACACAAGCAAUUUGCUGCACCACCUUAGCCGUAAACAUGCUCUGGAGUAACAAGAAUGCUUUAAACUAAAAUCAUCGACCCAGGGAGUAAUUCAAUGUAGAACCGCCACUGGGGAGAAGGGUGGAGCGGGUGAUGUGGUUUUGAAAACAAACCCACAUCACCUGCAUGACACCCACACAUGCACACAGAGAAACAGCAGAGCUGCCUCAUACCAAAACCAGGAGGAGGAAAGCAGGUUUCCCCACCUGGAUCCGGGAGACACACCUGAGCCAAACAACCAACAGAACUGAGACAGCGUGUUUAUGAAGGGCCACAUUCAGCAGCAGGUGAAAAUGCCCCGACGGUUGAAUCCCCCUGGUCGUGUCACCAUCACCAUCACCGUCUUCCUUCUCAUUGGGCCGUAUGGGAUAUACAGGAUCCACCAGUCCUUGCUCCAGAUCAGACUAAGUACUGAACCUCAGAUCAAAGUGCAACCCACAGUGCCUCCUCAAUGUGCUGCAGGAAAACUGGUUUCUCAGGGGGAAAAGAUGUCUCUCGUAUCAGUCAACACGACGAAGACGUUGCUGGUAUCAGCCUAUCAGGAGCACCGCAGAGGAAACAAGGAGGUUCGUGUUAUUGCAGUGGUGCAGAGGAGCGAGGCAGUCGACUACCACUGCCUCCUCUGUUGUCAGGAUCAACUGCACAUCUCAAACGGUGUCUGCAGUAUCCACACGAACCACUUUGACUUUGCAUAUGGGACAGCAGACAUCAUGUGUCCUCUCCCCUCAGCCUGUGAGACCGUGUCUCAUAUCACUGUGAUCUCUGCUGCAGCCAAGCCUGAAGAUAAACUGGACAAAGAGUUUAUAGAGGUGAAGAACCAGAAGCCGGAAAGUGACUCCUUUCCUCACAACUUCACCAUCUGCCUCUCCACCAUGUUCGAUUUCACCAACGCUCUGCAGCUGGUCCAGGGUUUGGAAAUGCUGCAGUUACUGGGAGUGGACCGAGUUGUCAUCUAUAAGACCAGCUGCAGCCCUGAAGUACAGCUCAUACUGGACUACUACACCCACAAAGGUUUAGUGGAGGUGAUUUCUUGGCCUGUGUCCAGAUUUCUGAAGGUAUCUCGAGGCUGGCUGCCUGAAGUGGAUCCAGGUGACAUCCACUACUUUGGCCAGAUUCCUGCUCUCAAUGACUGUGUCUACAGAUACAUGUACCUGUCCAAAUACGUGGCCUUGCAUGACAUUGACGAGCUCAUACUGCCCCAGUCAGUCGACAGCUGGUUGGAGUUGUUGCCACUGCUGGAGACGAAAUAUGGAGCUGACCUGUGUUACAUGUUUGAAAAUAACGUGUUCCCCAACACCAUGCAGCCUCAUUCCAAAACCCUGCCAAGCCUCUGGCCCAAUGUGUCCGGGGUGGACAUCCUGGCUCACCUGUACCAGGAGCCUGUCAUUAAAGAGAUUUUUAACCACAACUUCAAGAUCAUUGUCAACCCCCGCGUUGUGUACACUCCCACCGUCCAUGGAUUGCUGGCCUCAGAGAAAGGCUGCGCCUGGGUUGACAGGAAUAUGGCACGGAUGUACCACACAAGAGCUCCGAAACAACCCAAACUGAGCCCAGACCAGCUGAUCUAUGACGACAGACUGAUGAGCUACAGCGCCCGCCUCAUACCAGCUGUAAGUACCGUGCUCAGUAAGAGUGGACUUCUACCAAAGGACAGCAAACAGUAGCCACUGUUCAUGUGUGUCAUAGACUGUAUAUGAAAAGCUGUGUGUGUACACUCCUGUACUGUACUGUACUGUACUGUACUAUCCUUGUGAGAAACAAUCUGACAUUUGGGAAGUGAGGGAAUUUUGUCCAUUCAAGACUUGAUUUUCUGGCUAAGGAUCCUUCUAGACAAGUUUCAAGACACAAAAAUACUCUUUGAACACGCUUUGAAUAAUGUUUAGUGUGUGAUGUGGUUUUUCCACAAAAAAAGUUCUAUUACCUCCUUUAAAACUCUUAAAAUUGCCGUUGUUACGGUUGUUAUAUAAUCAGCGUGUGUGUGGUUGUUGGUGUAUGUGUCUAAGUCUAAACCCAUAACCAGAACUUUACAGAAGAAAAAUGUGGAGAAUAAGACAUAAUAAAGGUAUCUGACACUGGUUCAUGGUGCUGCCCUCACAGACGUCGUUUGCAAAAUAUUUACAUUUGUAAAUGACGAGGUAAAAUAAUCAGAUGGUUUUUUUAAUGGAGCUUCCUUUAUGCACAAAAGGCGGUUUAGACUUCAUGUGUCAUGUCAUGUCUGUCAUUUCUGUCCUUGCUUCACUUGUUUGGGGUUUUUUUCAGCUUUAUACUGGAUCAUUUUUCUUGGGUGAUUGAAAAGUGAUUAACUGUUAAGAUUGAUUUGAGAAGCAGGAUUUUAAAUGUUUGCAGACAGUGAAACAUUUUUCUGUUUCAGAUACACCACUUCAGUUUCAGUGAACGGACCUUUAAACUGAUUUCAUUUACUUUUCAUAGGUUGAUGUGAUUUUAAAGGACAAUCCAUAUGUAAUGUUAGACCACAGAGUAAAGUGUGGUCAGCAUUAGGACGUUUUGUACAAAGAUGAAAGAAACAUAAAGAUAAACUUGAAACUGUUGCUGCAUUUUUUUUUUAUUAAUUGAACUUUUGUUUAUUAAGUUAUUGUGGAGCAUCACUAUCUGGAGCAAAUGCUGUUGUAAAUGACCAAUAAAGGGUUUGGACUGGAAGACA